AUGAAGAUCACGAUUUCUGCCAUCGCAUUCCUCACCUCGUCGGUCCUCUCGUUGACUUCUGUUCAAGGUCAUGGUCUCAUUGAGUACCCACCUUCCCGCAAUCAAAUCUGUGGUGUUGAAACCAAACCCCAUGAAGUGAUUUACGGUGGCAACCCUGCGACUCCCGAGUGCGAGGACCCCUUCACGGAAGAUUUUACGGGUGGCUACUCGUUCAUGAGUGUACUCACUCAUGAUAUCGGCCGCAUGGGAGGAAGGUCUGACCAUGUCUGUGGCUUUGAUUCGGAGACUUGGCAAGGCGGCGCCACCCCUUGGGAUAUUGCGAUGGACUGGCCGACCACUGACAUGGAAGCUGGUCGCCAGGAAAUCCGAUGGAAUAUUGCCUGGGGCCCUCACUUUCUCGAUACCGAAGAGUUCCGUUAUUGGAUCACCAAGCCCGGCUUCGAGUUUGACUCUGGUUCUGAGCUUUCAUGGGAUGACUUUGACGAAGAGCCCUUCUGUGUCUUGUUUUACAGUGACAACGACCGAAGUGGCAACCCAGACGUUGUCGCUGAUAUUCAAUCAACGACUUUCAGUACGUACUGCGAUAUUCCUCCCCGCGGGGGCCGUCAUGUCAUUUACGGUGAGUGGGGACGCAACGAGUGGACCUACGAGCGCUUCCAUGGUUGCAUCGAUGUCAUGUUUGAAGGAGACCCGGUCUCAGAGGACCCCGAGGACUCAGAGGACCCAGAGGACCCCACUCCUCCCACAGCUGCCCCCACAGCCGAAUCUCCCAGCGAGGACAGCGAACCAGUUCCUGCUCCCAGCUGCGUCGUGAGAAUCCGCGACGGUGCCAAUCCAUGGUGGGCAGGUUUAGAUGUUGGGUUUGACGUGCCUACGAUUGUCUUGGACUUUAGUGACACCGGGUUGGACCUGGGAGACGUUACCGUGGAUGCCAGCAAUUUCAACGCGGAAUAUUCCGGCCAAACCAUCACCUUGACCAAGCCCAACUGGGUCAGUGGCUCGAAUCCGGGGUACAUUGGCAUCAAUGGCAACAACGUGGCGGAUUUGGCAUCCUUCGAGCCACCCUUUUGUGGAGCCGUGACCCGUCGUUACCUCCGUGAAGCUUGA